GCUAUAUUAGGCCUCUCCUCCGCCCCUUCCUCGAUGGCAGCUUCGAGAGUCAGGUAGGGAACGUCGACCCGUCGUUCCUUCUCCCCAUUCUGCUUCGGUUCGACGCAGACCCUCACAGACAGCCAUGAAGGGGAUCACUGCCCUCUUCACCGCCGCACUUCUCGGCCGGGCGGCCGCAGCACCUCCAGAGCCGCCGACGAACGUGAUGGAGAAGCGGGCUGCCCCGACCGUCACUAUCUCGUCGGGCACCAUCGUCGGAGCCAGCCGGGUGGGCACCGAAGCCUUCAAUGGCAUCCCCUUUGCCCAGCCGCCCGUCGGACCGCUGAGGCUCAAACCUCCGGUCAAGCUCAACUCCUCUCUCGGCGUGUUCGACGCCUCAGGAAUCGCACCGGCGUGCCCGCAGUUCGUGGCCGAUUCAGACUCGAAUAACUUCCUGGACCAGGUUAUAGACACUGUCGUCAACCUUCCCUUCUUCCAAAAGGCCCUCAAGGUCAGCGAGGACUGCCUGACUAUCAGCGUCAUCCGCCCCACGGGCACCAAGGCAGGGGACAAGCUCCCCGUGCUGUUCUGGAUCUUCGGCGGUGGCUUCGAGCUUGGCUGGAGCUCCAUGUACGAUGGUGGCCCGCUCGUGACCAAUGCCGUCAAGAUGGGCAAGCCGUACAUUUUCGUCGCGGUCAGCUACCGAGUGGGCGGAUUCGGAUUCAUGCCCGGAAAGGAGAUCCUGGCCGACGGUGCUGCCAACGCCGGCCUCCUCGACCAGCGCAUGGGUCUCGAGUGGGUGGCUGACAACAUUGCCGCAUUCGGCGGCGACCCGGACAAGGUGACCAUCUGGGGUGAGUCUGCCGGUGCCAUUUCGGUCUUUGACCAGAUGGCGCUCUACGACGGCGACAACACGUACAGGGGCAAGCCCCUGUUCCGCGGAGCCAUCAUGAACUCGGGGAGCCUUGUCCCGGCGGACCCUGUCGACUGUCCCAAGGGGCAGAUAGUCUACGACGCCGUUGUCGCGAAGGCCGGCUGUGCAGCGUCCAAGGACACGCUCGCCUGCCUCCGCGCGCUCCCCUACGACAAGUUCCUCGCCGCCGCAACCUCGGUGCCCGGUAUUCUGUCCUAUAGCUCGGUUGCCCUCUCGUACAUGCCCCGACCAGACGGCAAGGUGCUCACCCAGAGCCCUGAUCUCCUGGUCAAGGCGGGCAAGUACGCGGCGGUCCCGAUGAUCAUCGGAGAUCAGGAGGACGAAGGCACGCUCUUCGCGCUGUUCCAACCCAACGUCACCACCAGCGCCGAUAUCGUCGACUACCUCGGCACCCUCUUCUUCACGAGUGCCAGCAAGACGCAGCUCGAAGGGCUCGUCGACACCUAUUCGCCCUGGGUCUGGGACGGCUCGCCCUUCGGCACAGGCAUUCUUAACGAGAUAUACCCGGGCUUCAAGCGGCUGGCCGCGAUACUGGGUGACCUUGUCUUCACCCUCACCCGGCGCGUGUUCCUCGACGCGGCGGUCGUCGCCAACCCCAGCGUCCCUGCGUGGUCCUACCUCGCCAGCUACAACUUCGGCACGCCCAUCAUGGGCACCUUCCACGGCAGCGACAUCCUCCAGGUGUUCUACGGCAUCCUGCCCAACUAUGCGUCCAAGUCCAUCCAGAGCUACUAUGCCAACUUUAUCUACAACCUCGAUCCCAAUAAUGCGGCCGGCGGCACCAGCAGCAAGAGCAAGGUCGCUGAGAACUGGCCAAAAUGGACGAGCGCGCAGCGCAGGCUGGUCCAGUUCUUUGCGGAUAGCACGGGGUAUCUGACGGAUGACUUCCGGGACGAGUCAGCGAAGUAUAUUGCUGAGCAUGCAGGUAAUUUUUAUGUCUGAGGGGAACAGUGAAGGGUUAAUGUAUAUACAUAGGGGUUGGAUCUGUACAUACCUUACGUAGGACCUUGCCUAGGGCAGAUGAUGACUGAUGAGGGCUUGUGAUGACUCGGAGUUAUGAAUGGACGCCUUAGGGUGUGAUGAUACCAUGAUGGGGUAUGAAGGAUUAUGCAGUUUUUAUGGUGUUACCUUAGUGAUUGUUUGAUAUUUUCACUCUGGGUGCCUGUCUUAAUACCUGUGAACUGUCACGAAACGUUCUCUAUGGGUCGCGAAUAGUAGUAGUAUGUAGC